AUGUACAAAGUUGAACUUGUAGAUUCAUCCGAAUUCUAAGAUCGUUCAAAAUACUAUAAACAUCUAUUUCGCACAUAUUGUCAAUGGAGCUUUCUUAAAUACUUUGUGUAUAGUAUAAUUUGGUUGAUCGGUGGCAGAAUCUCAAUUCUUUAUUCGAUGCAAGGGUUGUAUGUAAUUCUUACUGGAUUCGCACUAAUUUUUACAAAUUUAGGCACAAGAGAAAAAGGCACGUUGAGUGCAUACAGCAUAUUCAAUAAAGGAUAUAAAAAGUUGAUGGGAUAGAUGACUGAAGAAGAUGUGGCGAAUAUGUAUAAUAUGGGUGGAGUCAAAAAGAAGAACGAUGAUUAUAGUGAUGAUGAUGAUGACAAAAUCUCCAAAGAUUUUGAAGCACUGUCCAUGGAGUAGAUGAUGGCAAAAUUAGGUAAGUUGGGAAAUAAACAAUGCUUUUGUAAUUCAGGCAAGAAAUAUAAAAAAUGUCAUUACUUUAUACAUCAAAGGAUUAAAUAGUAAGAAGACGAAGAAAGAAGAAAAGGAAUUAAAAAAAAUUGA